CUUCCUGCCUCAGAGGUUUGAAGGGUGCAAACAUAUUUUCCUCCCAGUGAAAGCAAAAGCAGCAGCUCAAACAGAUUCUUUGGAGAACAAUGGGGAACUCAGCUCCUUCAAAAGAAGGUCACAAAUGGCACAGGAAGCCUAGAAUUCAGCUGGCUGUGUCCUUUCCAACAUGUAAGAGAGAAAUGGUGUGAUCGACAGUGUAACAGAGGAGCCGCUGGUAGUGACAUGGAAGACCCUCAGGACAACACUCUGAGGAUUGUUUUGGUGGGGAAAACUGGAAGUGGGAAGAGCGCAACGGCAAACACCAUCCUGGGGAGUAGAGUCUUUGAGUCUAAAAUUGCUCCCCAUGCUGUCACUCCCAAGUGUCAAAAAGCAUCCAAGGAAUGGAAGGGGAGGCAACUUGUUGUUGUUGACACCCCAGGGCUCUUUGACACCAAGGAGACUCUGGAUACCACGUGUAGGGAAAUCAGCCGGUGUGUCCUCUACUCCUGCCCUGGGCCCCACGCCAUCGUCUUGGUCAUCCAUCUGGGCCGCUACACGGAUGAAGAGCAGAAGACCGUGGCAUUGAUCAAGUAUGUCUUUGGGGAGCCAGCCUUGAAGCACAUGAUCAUGUUGUUCACUCGCAAAGAUAACUUGGAGGGGCAGAGUCUGAGUGACUUCUUAGCAGAUGCAGAUGUGAAGCUAAGAAACAUCAUCAGCGAGUGUGGGAACCGCUACUGUGCCUUUGACAACAGAGCCUCAGAGGCCGAGAAGGAAGCUCAAGUGCAGGAGCUGGUGGAGCUGAUAGAGGAGAUGGUGAAGAGCAACGGAGGGGCUUACUUUACUGAUGCCAUUUACGAGGACACGGAGAAGAGGCUGAGGCAACGGGAAGAAGACCUGAAGAAGAUCUACACCGAUCAAUUAAAUAAUGAAAUUAAACUAGUAGAAAAGGAAUAUGCUGAUAAAUCACAGGAAGAACGGGAGGAAAAAAUAAAAUGGUUAAAGAGGAUUUAUGAUGAACAAUUAAAAAAUAUCAGGGAACAAGCUGAGAAGAGCAUAUUUGAACAUGUUUUAGAUGAGAUUAGGAAGGUGCUUUCACAAAUAUGGCAUAUGUUUUGGUAGUAAAGACCAUUUCAUUUUUUCUUUUGAAUUUAUGAUGAUUUGCGAUAGUGAUAGAUUGUAGUUUCCAUAGACAGCUGUGACAGUAGCUUUUACUUAUUCUUCCUAUAACCUGACCCUGUUACUCCUGCCACUGACUUGUGGGGCCUGAGUCUUCUACCUUGGAACUGGGCAGAUCUGGGACCAUUUCAAUUAAUAGCAGAUGGUUGAAGCAACACCUUGUGACUCUAAGGUUACAUGUGGGCAAUGCUUCCUUGCCCUGUUGGGGUUCUUGCCCUUGGAACUUGACUGUCAUGUUGUGAGAAAGCCCAGGCUGCCUCUUGAGAGGCCCCCAGGCAGAAGGCUUGAAGUCACUGGCCCACUUCCCAGCUCACCUUUUAUUUGUGACUCACACCAACUUGCCCGCCAUGCAAAUGAGGCAACACAGAAGUGGGCCCUCUGGCUGCCCCACCAUCUCAGGCGAAGUUGCAGAAAGCAAAGAUGAUCCAUUCCCACUGAGUCCUGCCCAAUGACAGCUUUAUGAGAACAAAUAAAUGAUGGUUUUUGUUUUUAA